UUCCACGAGACACUAUCAACAGAGUUUGUGCUGCUCGCUCUUUUCUUUCUAAGCCCUUCGGCUUGGUCGGUCUCCCCUUGAUCUUGGACCGUACAGACCUCAUAGGACCCGGGGCCACAUCAUGUUUCCACGUGUGCUGCUGCUGCUGCUCCUGCUAUGUAUCUCCACAGGCUUGACCGCUACACUUAUCCAGGCCUCUGUUGAUGCAGCUGCAGAGGAUUCUCCAGCUGACGGCUCUGUUUUACCUGAAGCUCAGGCUGGUGAAACCCCAGAUGACAUUUUGAUGGCAGAUGCCCCCGUUGAGGGAAAACCUACAGAGACCCAGAGCUCCAAGCAAGAAUUUGAAGAUGAUUCAGACUGGGGCUUCGGUUCUAUCAGAGGGGGUUUCCAGGCAGUGAAUGGCUAUUUUGACUCUAUACUAGAGCUGAUGGGGGGUCGGGACGGCGUAUGUCAGUACCGCUGUAGAUAUGGUAAAGCUCCUCAGCCUCGGACUGGAUAUCAAAUGCCAGAGCCUGACGGUUGUAGCACCUCACUGCUUGGCUUCCAGGUACCGAGCAGUUUUGAUAUGGGUGUCCCAGCCAUGACCAAAUGUUGUAAUCAGCUAGACAUUUGUUAUGACACCUGUGGCUCUAACAAGUACCGCUGUGACACCAAAUUCCGCUGGUGCCUCCAUAGCAUCUGUGGUGACCUGAAGAAGAGUCUGGGCUUCAUAUCAAAAGUUGAGGCCUGUGAGACCUUUGCUGACACCAUGUAUAACACCGUGUGGACUUUGGGCUGCAGGCCCUUCAUGAACGGCCAGAGGGCAGCCUGCUAUUGUGAAGGAGAAGAGAAGGAUGAGCUGUAAAGGCCUACAAACCACCUUCAACACAUAUAAACACUUUACAAGUUCCUCCAGAACUAUCCACACUAGGGGUCACUAUUAGGAUGAAUCUCAUUAAGACACCCUGGUCACGAUUCAAAACAUCAAUGAAAAUAAGGCAGAUUUACUGCAAUGCACAACAGUGGUGGUUGUUUUUUGUUUUAU